CACCGCCUCAGCCACUCCAUCCGCCGCCGCAAGAUCUCCGACCCCUGCCACCUCUCCCCCACUGUCUCCUCCAUCGUCUAUAUCCUCCAAACCCUAAUCCGCUUCGUCGAUGAAAUCCCUCCGGUUGCUCAAUCAUCGCGGUAUGGAAACUACUCGUAUCGAACUUGGCACUCUCGUAUGACGGAAAACGCUGAAUCCUUCAUGAUCGAUUUUCUUACCGAGGAUCUACAAUCUGCUACUGUCGAGAUUGUCUCUUACUUCACCGAUAGUUUUGGGAAUUCUAGCCGGAUUGAUUAUGGUACUGGCCACGAAACUAAUUUUGCGGCCUGGUUGUAUUGCCUCGCUUUGUUGGGCGUGAUCAAGGAAGAGGAUUAUCAAGCUGCUGUGGCUAGGGUUUUUGUGAAAUACCUUGAAUUGAUGAGGAAAUUGCAGUUGGUUUAUUGUCUUGAGCCUGCUGGCUCUCAUGGUGUUUGGGGUUUGGAUGAUUAUCACUUUUUGCCGUUUAUUUUCGGGUCGGCGCAGUUGAUUGAUCAUAAGUAUAUGAAACCUAAGUCCAUUCAUAAUGAUGACAUACUCGAGAAUUUCUCCAAUGAGUACCUUUAUCUUUCGUGCAUUGCGUUUGUGAAGAAGGUCAAGAAGGGUGUGCUUGCGGAGCAUUCGCCCAUGUUGGAUGAUAUCAGCGGCGUGCCCAAUUGGAACAAGGUGAAUAGUGGCAUGCUUAAGAUGUACAAAGCUGAAGUCUUGGACAAAGUUCCUAUCAUGCAGCACUUCCUGUUUGGCUGGCUCAUCAAAUGCAUCAUUCAGCAAACCCUUCCAAUCAGGGAUUAUCAUUUACGUCAAUUGGUAAUCUUCAAUCACUAAACUCGAUUGAAGAUUCAUUGCUUGGAAAUUUUGAUCAGCGUCAUUCAGCAAACCAUUCCAAUCGGGGAUUAUCAUUUGCUUCAAUUGGUAAUUUUCAAUCACUGAACUCGAUUUAAGAUUCAUUGCCCGAAAAUUUUGAUCAGGUAUUUGUGCCCCUCUUUCGUUUUCUCUACCCCUCUCAUUAAACUCAGAUUUGUAUUGAAACUUCCAUACGUAUACACACCUAUAUAUGUUUUAUUAUGAAUUAGAGAUUAUAGAUACAUGGAUUUGAUUUAAAAAAAAAAAAAAAAAAAUAGAUACAUGGAUUUGUUUAUCUAUGUUCAAACUACUUUGCAAUUUUGCAUUGAAGUGAAAUUGCAAAAACCUUUUUUGUUUUCUAAUUAGUAUGAUGAUUUAAUAUCUUCUUUUCACUUUGCAUGACUUUAAUGAGAUUAAAUUGGAUUUACAUUUUCUGUUUGUUUUAUUUUAUCUGUUUAUAUGUUUGUUUGUUAUGAUAAUUUACUUGUUAUAGUCUAUAGAUAUGUGCCUAUUUGGUUUAUUUCACUUCCUUUUGUUUUGUGUUUUUUCAUGAUUUCAAGCUUUAUGAAUUAGACCUUUCAUUCUCGUGAAAUGUUUGAUUGAACGUUUAUUUGAAACGUAACCUUUUGGCUGGUCUGUUGCAUUGGAUUAAAUUAGUUUUGGGUGAUAUGAGUAUAGUAGGACAGUAGAAGUGGAGUAUGAUGGAAACGACCCUACAUCUGAUAAUGAGGUUCCAUGUAUGACCAAUAAGACUCAUUUUUCUUAUGGUAGAGUCCUUAUUUACUAGCUUGUUGAGUAUGAAGAUAAACUAAUAUUUGAAGAGUGUUCAGUCAUUUUUUCUCUGUGUCAAGUUAUAUUACUCUUUUUCAAGAAAGCUUUGAUAUUUGCACUUGCUUUUAUCAGUGCGUGUAAGAAGUCCUUCCUCAAAAAUUUGAUAAGAUGGAUCAACUGACUGUCGAAAAAGAUUGGUACAUGUUAACUUCAAACAGAGUAUUUGUUGUAGUAUUAUUUAAAUUAAAAGGGGUAGACUCUAUUGUGCAUUAAAUUAGUUGAUUAGGAAAACAAGUUUGAAACAUUGUACCUAAAUGGGUUGUCAUUUCAGUGUUGCCUAGUCUAUGAACUUUUUGAUGUAUCAUUUCAAUUCUGAACUGGGAACUUUUUGAUGUAUCAUUGCAACAUGGAAACAUUAUUAACAAGUGGAUGUGAUUUUUUAUUUUAAAAAAUUGUAGAUUCAUGACCAAGAGUAAUGGGAAAAGUAUAGAAAGUAGGCAGCCACUUGUGUAGCUAUGUAUGCUUCAUAUGCUGUCAGCCUUGUCUCAAUUCUUCAUCGUCAUGAUCAUAUAAGGAAGUCAAUUUUAGAACAAGGAGAUUAUGAAAGAUAUGUCCUAAUCAAACGGUUAAUGACUUUGAAAGAUGCAGAUUGUCGUAGCCGGUUACGAAUGAGCAAAUAUACCUUUGCCACACUAGUUAGCAUGCUUAAAAGAACUCAGUUUCUUAGAGACAAUCCUCAAAGUAAAGUAGAAGAAGUUGCGAAAUUCCUUCAUAUAAUUGGCAAUAAUUUGAGGAACAUACAAUCAAGUUCUUUUACAAACGAUCACUUGGGAUUGUUAGUCAACAUUCUCAUCAAGUUCUUAAAGCUAUUAUAUCAUUGGAAGAUAUCUUUUUAAAGCAACCUGAUGGAUUCGAGUGCCCGCCAGAGAUUAGAAACAAUCCAAAGUAUUGGCCUUAUUUUAAGGUAGUUACAUGAAUGCAAUUAGUGUAUGAUAUUAUAUGUUUGGAUGCAAAUAAUGAAUUUUUUACAGGAUUGUGUUGGUGCGAUUGAUGGUACACAUUUUUGUGUAAGAGUGUCGAAUAUGGAUGCACAAAGAUACUGAGGACGAAAAUGCUAUCCCACUCAAAAUACUUUGGCUGCAUGUUCUUUUGAUUUAAAGUUUACAUAUAUCCUUCCGGGAUGGGAAGGAUCUGCUUCAGACUCAAGAAUAUUAGAUAAUGCAUUAACAAGAGAAAUGGAUAAAUUGAUUGCUCCUCAUGGGGAUCACUGAAUGUGUAUAUAUGCUGAUGAAUAUAAAUCUUUUUUUGUUUUAUUUCAAACUAACAUCAUUUAAUUGUUUGUUGGUCCUAGGGAAAUAUUACUUAGUAGAUGCAGGAUUUCAACUAAAAACUGGGUUCCUUGCUCCAUAUAGAAGUACUCGUUACCAUUUGAAGGAGUAUACUGUUCUUCAGCCAAAAAAUUCUCGAGAGCUUUUUAACCUUUGUCAUGCAUUUUGUGAAAUGCAAUUGAAAGAGCCUUUCGUGUCCUAAAGAAAAGGUUUUCAAUUUUAGGAAGUGGGAUAGAGCCAUAUUAUGAUGUUGACACUCUAGCAGAUGUUGUUUUGGCAUGUUGUAUUUUGCACAACUACCUCAUGGGUAUUGAUCCCAAUGAAAGUCUUAUUGAGGAGGUUGAUACAGAGCUUAGAAGAGCACAAGUGCAAAUUAACGUGGCUACAUCAUGUUCAUCUGGAGAAUGUAGGGAAUGAGAAUUAUUAAGGGAACGAAUAGCUAUUGACAUUUGGAGGGAUUAUAAUAUAAAUUUUCAAUGAUAAUCAAAUUAUAAUAUAGAUCCUGGAAAAUAGAGAGGGGCUGAAAGGGUUAUUUGAUGUUCUUCUUCUUGUUCUUGCGAUGUACCCAUUAUAUACUCAUUUGCUUUACAUCAAUAUAAUCUUUUUCUUUUGCUAAUAAAACAAAAAUUUGAUGAGUUAAUUAUUAUUAUUUGAA